GAGAGGGGCAAUCGACAAGUUUCGCCAUCUGGAUAGCGCCAGUGAACGAGCGACGGCAAGCACAAUAACGAAUCUUAUUCAAAGUGUACCCACCGAAACCGUGCAUAUUGUAAAAACGUUUUCGCAUCUACCAUGAAGUAAACAUUCUAUUUAUGGUAUUUUCGCCAGCCAGGCAUCGAUCGGCCUCAAUUUUGAUUCAUGAAGUGCUUCUGAACCGCUGAACGUCGGGCGUGGCUGACCAGAUAAACAUUACUCAUCGCCGGUAAAGUGACAGUUGGAUGUGAUAAACACCGCGGCCUGCUCAGUGAUAAUGUUUGUUUAAACACGUCGAAGGCCCCUCGAUACCACUAUGAGUGCCAAUAAUGUUAAUGCCGCUCAGGUCCCAACGACACAGGCCACGGCUACCAUCAAGUCCCGGCCAAACAUUAUGCCUAGUAGUUAUUUGUACACGUCCAGCAGUGCUCUGUUGAAUCGAAAUCCUGAAAAUAAGCCUACACCACCCCCUACACUACCCAAAUACACAUCAAGCUUCAAUGCAGGCAGUGGACUUAACAGAGACAGGGACAAGGAUAGCAUUGGCGGAUCCUACAGGCUAUCUAGUCUGGACCGAUUGGCUAUGAGACAAAAAUUCAUGGACCAACAAAAUGUGACCUCCAAUGGCGCUCCUCAAACUAAUGGUAGCACUGAACCCAGUUCAAUCUCAACGACACCAACAUCAGGCCUUCAGAGCAAACGAGAGAUGUUCUUUACCUCCUCAGAUACUGCAAAUGCUCUGAAUAAGGACUCUAACAGGUUGAAUAAGACACCAUCUAUGGAAAAACCUCCUCCAGAACCACCAGUAAAGCCUAUUUCUCCAGAUUCUACAAAGGAAGAGAAUAGUAAAGAAUCAACACCUGAGAUUAUCAAAGAAAGGCCUAAGGUGAAAGAGUUAGAUGGUUAUGUUGGAUUUGCGAAUUUACCCAAUCAAGUGUAUAGAAAAGCUGUUAAGAAAGGAUUCGAGUUUACCCUGAUGGUGGUGGGUGAACAAGGUCUUGGAAAAUCAACACUCAUCAACUCAUUGUUCCUGACAGACAUCUACCAUCCAACAGAAUACCCUGGUCCAACACAACGGGUGAAGAAAACUAUGGCAGUAGAGACCACGAGAGUUAUGCUCAAGGAGAAUGGUGUAAACUUACUUCUGACGAUAGUGGACACACCUGGCUUUGGAGAUGCAGUAGAUAACAGCAAUUGUUGGAGUCCAAUCAUUGAGUUUAUAGAGAGUAAAUAUGAGGACUACCUAAACUCAGAAGCUCGUGUUUCGCGUAAAACCUCCCCGGACCAAAGAGUGCAUUGUUGUUUGUACUUCAUCCAACCAUCUGGCCAUGGACUGAAAAACUUGGACAUUGAGUUUAUGAAACGGCUGUGUGAUAAGGUGAACAUUGUGCCCGUGAUCGCGAAAGCUGACACAUUGACCGCCGAGGAGUGUGCUGCGUUCAAAAAGCAAAUUUUGACGGAAAUCGCUGCGAAUAAGAUCAAGAUCUACGACUUUCCGGAUACGUCCCAGGAUGAUGAGGAACACAAAUUGAAUAAGUCACUGAAGGACAGAGUGCCAUUUGCUGUUGUGGGCUCCAAUGCAGUCAUCGAAGUUGAUGGCAAAAAGCUGCGCGGAAGGAAAUACCCCUGGGGCAUUGCAGAGGUGGAAAACCUCGAGCACUGCGACUUUAUCGCAUUGCGCAACAUGGUGAUCCGGACGCAUCUCCAGGACCUCAAGGAUGUCACCAAUAACGUCCAUUAUGAGAACUACAGGUGUCGGAAGCUGGCAGGUUUGGGCACGGACGGAAAACCCACCAGGAUAUCCAACAAGAACCCUCUGGCGCAAAUGGACGAGGAGAAACGGGAGCAUGAUUUGAAGAUGAAGAAGAUGGAGACGGAAAUGGAACAGGUGUUCGAGAUGAAAGUGCGUGAAAAAAAGCAGAAACUGAAAGACAGCGAAGCAGAAUUGACGCGAAGACACGAAGCAACCAAAAAGACCCUAGAACAACAGGCAAAGGAGCUUGAAGAGAAACGUAGACAGUUCGAAAUGGAGAAAGAAGCAUGGGAAAAAGAGAACCAGGUCACUGUGGAAGAACUGAGACGAAGAUCUUUAGAAGGCAGCAGGGAAACAAUGGAUGGGAAGAAAGAAAAGAAAAAGAAGGGACUGUUUUAGUCAAGUGAAUGAUGGUGAGGUUCCAAACUCAAAACAUUUUUUUAUUUAUGUAUUUAUGCUUGAUGGAGUUCAGUGUGUUUUUACCUUGGUAUAUAGAGAAAACGAGAUCUUACGUGCUUCGGUCACUAUAGAAUUUCCUUUACUUUCUGUCAACCCUUUGGUUUUGAGAAGAUUUGAUGUAGUUACCUGUAGAACCGCAUUUUUGCGCUCUUCUCAUGUAUCAACGUAUUGCAAUUGAGCUUAGUGACUGGAAAAGCAGAAUAUACCUGUUAAAUGUCCUUUAGUGUAGCAUUGCAAUUAUGUUUAAAUAAAAUGUUGACUAUGUUAUAUUUGCUCACGUUUUUUAAACGACCAAUUAUCAGGUGACUUUACUAAGCAAAAAAAUUGUUGGAACUAAAUUCAACCGCCUAAAGUCACUUUUACCAAUCGUAAAAUUCAUGAUAAGUCAGAAAAUAAAAUGUUUCUAAAAUUAUUCAAAUAUUUUUUUUUAAUUUCCAAACCGAAUUAUUUUCCAAAUUUUCGAAUUUUACAAUUAUUUUCCAAAUUUUCAAAUUCAAUUUUUUCCAAAUUUAAAAAUUCAAUUUUUGAAAAAAAAAUCCAAAUUCUUUUUUUUUUAAGAUUAUUGUAUUGUCAUCGGCCCUUGACCCCUGUGCAAAUAUUCAAGUUAAUCAGACUUCUUGAAAUUGGCAAAAAUUAGAUUGAAAGAUUCCGUUACAGUAUACAUACAAGUCAAACUAAUAAAAGCGUUUUAAAAAAAAUCCAUACGAUAAAAAUAAGAAAGGUACAGGCCAAAAAUAUUCCUGCCAGUCAGUUUUUUUUUUGUUCAAAAAGUACAAACAAUUGAUUCUUCAAUCCUUUCAGUUUUACGACUUAUCGCAACAGUAUUGAGGGGUAAAAUCGGUUAAGUAUUUUGCUCAUUACAAAAGUACAUAUUUUUCGAAAUUUCAUGUUAAUGAAGAUGCGUACAAAAAAGGCAACAUACCAAGACAGGCAAAGCUGCUUAUAGAAAAAGUGUGGGAGACAAUGGGCAUAAUUUUCAAACGGUUUGCAACAGUCAAAUUUAUUUGACCAAGCGAAAUGUCUAGCUGAUGUCACUGAAAUCUAUGUAUGAAACUGAAUUGAUUAAAUGAAAGGUCAACAAUAAAAAAUUUUUUGUCGGAGCAUGCCAUGUAUUGUCAGUAUUAGAAAGCUUUCAUUCGUUGCAAACUACAUUAAUCUCACAUAUUUUCGUCUUAGUAAUGAAUUUAUCAUGUCUGCAUCUAAAAAGUACGUUGGUCGAAUCUUUAUGUGUAUAAUAUAGUCGGGGAAGCGAAAUGCUGGCCGUGACUGUAAAAUUUACCUUGAACUAUGAAGAGGUUAUUCGCAAGGCUAUUUGUCUUUAUUAAAACAUUUCUGAUAGUAAUUACACAACGCGAGCAUAAUAAUGUUCGUUUAGCAACUAUACAUGGCUUUCACUCCUACACAUGAAUGCAUCAUUGUAAUAAUAACUAUUACAUACAUAUUGUAACAUUAGGCGCUGGUUCAAGGACCAUACAAGUUUACCAAUCGUAUUAUUUAUGUACAUUGAGUUAUAAAAAUCUCGCAAAUUAAUUCAGCCAGCCUAAUUCGAUUAACAUUGUUUUGCACUUAGGUCAAUGACCGUUCAGCUGAAACUAAAUAGACGAAUUUAACGGGAAUAUUUUGUGUGGUGAUUCCUUAAUCUAUUUUGUUUAAAUCGAAUACCAUUAAAGUUUUGAGAAGCAUAAUUUUCAUAAUUUCUUGUUCUGCUUUUUUGGCCAAUAUCAAAAACUACAGAUGUUUGGGAGUUGAAAAAAAUGGAAGCUAAGGUAUUUAUUCAGCAUUUGUAACUAAGAAAAGAUUUCAUGGAAGCCGAAACGUCGGUCAAGUCCUUAGGGUUUAAAUUAUUGGCCAGAGAAAAAAUAAGACGGAACAGAGAAACAGCCACAGGCUAGGCAUUAAAAGUCGCGACUUGCUGAAUAGUUAGGUACCAUCUUGAAUAUGCCAUUUUGCAAUGGUUUCUAAUAAGAGUUGAAAUUGCAUUUGUUUGAAAAUAUAGUAGUCUAGCUUAUAUAUUUUUGCAGAACGUUUUUUAGAAGUUUAAUUCUUUUUUGGAAUGAGUCCUAUAGAAAAUACGAUGCGAAUGUAGAUCUUAGAGACCCUUUUUUCCAAUUAGUAGAUAAGUACAAUAUAUGUAUAUUUUAGCUACUCUAAAGGAAGACUCUGUACAUACCACUAAUCUCGACUACGAUCUUUUUUUUUAAUGUAACCAAUAUUUUUAAGCAGCGCAUAGCAGCGUUAUAUAUAAACCAGUUGAAAUAUAAUAGUGAGACUUAAACUAUGCAGAUAUGUGUAAUGAAUUCCCAUAAAAUUAACUGCCAUAGACGUGCAUAAGGUAUAUAUACAUUUCGUAAAAUACUUGCCUGCGUUCAUAUAAACAAUUGAGCAUGUUUACAGAUAUUCUGAGCCUGGUAAAUUUUACAAAAAUAAAGCUAGGUACUAAAUGAGGAAAUAGUGUAGUGUAAGAAUAGAGACGGACGAGUGUCAGUUCAGACAGUAUUUCAAUAAACCAAUAUCUUUUUUUAUUAAUUUUAUCAACUCUCCAUCCAAUCGAAUAUUCACGAUAUAAAUUAGUAAUUAGUAUCAGCUUAAUCCAAUAUUCACCUGAUGUUCUUUAAUUACAUUACUUAUAAUUUACCUUGUAUAUAUUAUGUUUAACAUCAUUUAUGAUGGUGAAGCUAUAUAGUAUAUUGCUGAUUUUCAAUUUUUGCAUUACCAGCCCCAGAAUGCCUGUAUCAUGCUAUCAUUUCCAAAAUAGUAAAAAUCCAUAAUAUUGAAAUGAGUAUUUGAGGUAAUUGAAAAAUGUCUAUGUAUACAUAUAUGGAUGGAGAUUAGAAUUUGAUGUAAAAAUAUUAUGAAAGAUAUACAUAAAUAAAAUUCGAAAACACUUGUGAAGUAUCAUUUAAGUUAUGUCAAAAUUUCUGAAAUGCUAUGUAUAAGGAUAUCAUAUUCGAUUCAAUUCCUGCGUCUGACAUGACAUAUGACGUGACACAGUAAUGUGCCAUUUAAAUUUUUUUUAAUAAGUUUUAUCAAUGUAUGUAACAUGUGAAAAUGAAUUUUUUUAAAUACAUUUAUUUUUAUCACCAA